AUGUUCGUCCACACUCAUAUAGCAAAAUACAAAUUGUUAUCCACGGGAGCCUCACAGGACCACGAAGAAGAGUACCGGACUUCCACAAAGAUCAUCCGCUUCAAGUUGUCUUUCCAUCAUGGCAAGAAUAUUGAACCUAUUAAUCCCAUCACUGGUGACGGCAAGCCCCCGCUUCAAUCUACUCUCAACAAUGAGGUUCGCGAUCUCGAGUCGUACUCGAUUGACGAAGCUAAGUGGCGCUCAGAAUAUCCCGAUAUCCGUGGUGAUGUAUUUCACCGCAAUGAAGAAGUACCCUUGGCUUUCAUUGUUUUCAUCUCGGAGCCUGUACUUCAAGAGCAGCUAAAGUAUUUAAAGGCUCAUACUUCUCAUCUACACUUUGUCUCUAGCGCAUUCUUUGAGAAUAGAUUUGACGGACCUCUGGCAUUACCCUACGCGCUCUGUCUGUUAAAAAUUCUCCGACAACACGCAGGACAGCAACUGUCUGAGAAGAGAUUGGAUGAUACCAUCCAAUUCCUCUCCACACGAUUGAGAGGGCUUCUGUCAACACCUCUGUUAUAUACCGGUCGAGGUCGCAUAAGUCGUGUAUCACUUCUAUUUCGACGAGAGGUGCUCUACAAGCGUCCGGCCUUGCCAUUAUGGCCGGGAGAAGUUUGGAGACGGAGCACUGUUUUCGGUUUCGCCCUGGAUGACAACCUAACUGUGACAUUGUUUCUUGAUGGACAAUACCGUUUCAAGGUGCCCGAUGAGGUUUGGAGUGGUUUUAGCUCCUUGGAUUCGGGUAUUGCUGAUGUGGCUGUCAUGUUUGGCGUUGGCUAA